AUGGUUGAUUCUAUGACUAGCCCAGACGCACAAAAGACGUCGGGAUCUAAGAUGUUGAAGAAGGCCCAAUCCUUCCGGGAGGACAUACGUAACCGGAUCCGGCGGCGACCUUCCACCGGAGUCCAGCAGAUGUUUCCUGAGGGCAAGGCCAAGAGAAAAGAGGACGGAACUGGGACUGAACUCAACCCCGCUGAUGAUGACAUGGAAUCCCUAAAAGCUGCUCUGGCAGAAGUCAACAAGACUCUCAUCUUCAUCAAGGCUGUGGUCAGUAAAGGAAAGCUGGAAGUGCUGCCCGGUUCUGCCUCGGUCAUCCUGGAGACAGUGAUGCAGAUCUUCACCUUGUUGAGGUAUCCCAAGCUGGCCCAUGAGAGCAACUCGCUGGUGUCCAGUCAGAGCAAAGUCUGCCAGCAUCUAGCCAAGUUCAUCCAGUGGACAGAUGACUCGCUGGUGGGCAUCAACAAGACCUGGGACCAACAGCAAGCCCACAGCAUCAUCGACACUCUGCUGGAGGGAAUUCAGGAGCUGACAACCCUUGGCAUGGAAAAGAUGUCCCAGAAAAAGAGCAGUCUUCCAGCUCCAAUAACCAACCAGCCUCUGGCAUCCCCAUCACAUGACGGGUGCAAACACGGACCACUUCCAGACAUCCCACUGACCCCUCGAGAACAGGAGAUUCUGGCCCAGACCAGCAAUGAGAUAACUAACUAUGACAACAUGGCAUCCUUGGCCCGCAACAGCAAUACCAGUUCUGUCUUCUCUUACGACCCUUCCACUGACUGCACAGAUUCACCCCCACCCAAGCCACCCUUGCCUCCUGGCAGCAACGUCUUGUUACACAGGAACUGUCAGGAUGUUCAUGUACAGGAUCCGUUGCUGCCACCACCUCUUCCACAGAAGAAGCGAUCUCCAAGUUCCAGCACAGAAAUCUUAGAAACUCUCUCCGGGCGUGUGGUGCCACCCACCACGCCCACCAGCUCUGUGAUAUGUGGGGGUAAUGUUUUCAACCACAGCAGCAUGGGUCCGCCAACAAGCAGGUCCAGUCUCCCUUCUUCCACAUCAGCAUCUUCAUUCCCUCUAAUAAACCACCGCUCCACAGGAGACUUGAUAACCUCCUCAUCAUCCUCAUCGUCUUCCUCGAUAUCAUCAGCCCAUUGGCAAGAGCAACAACUAGAGAAAGGAAAAACCAUGAGUCAGACAUUUUCUAGAACGGUCAGCGACUCCAAGCUGGUCAGCAGCACUGUGAUGUCUGGGAAAGUCAUGGGCAAGACCUGUGAUGAGAUCAACGAGCUGACCUCACAGAUCAAGCAACUGACCAACUGUAUCGAGGAGACCCCCCCUCCGCUGCCAGCCAAGAAGAACCAGAUACUGCACCGACUCAACUCUCAGUAUGACAAUGUACCAGAGCUCUUGGAGGAGAGGAUGGCAGCGUUGUCAUCGGUCACCUCCCAGCAGAGAACACUUUACACCCGCAAAGUUGAGAGAAUCUCUUCCUCAUCAACAUCUAGUUCCCAGUCCAGCCACUCCAACCAAAAUCAAAGGUCCAUGCAGUCUUUUCUGACUGAGGAGAGGGCCAGUUCGCAGGAGACAUACUCAAGCUCGGAAACCUUCUCAUCCACAAGCCACUCCAGCACAGAAUCUUUGCCUAAACCUCCACCACUGCCACCAAAGAAGAAACAUGUGCAAGCCUAUGUGCAGAUGUUUGGAGCUGUCACACAGCCCACUGCCCUGGAGGAAUCCAUCUCCCGACACUCCAUCCAGUUCUACGAGGCCCAAUGGCAACAGCACCAGCGGGAGCUCUUCUACCCCAGAUCCAACACCAUCUCUGUGUUCUCCGACAUCUCCUCCGACUCUUCUCUCAGUGGAGGCUCUAUGGAACUACUCUCCACCAUGCAGUCACUGCCCAUCAAAAUGAAGCGGAUGUCCGACAUCAGUCACGGCAGUCAGCUGUCAACCGAGUCCAGUCAGUCGGACAUCUGCCACGGAGAACUGUUGGGGUUCUGCAGGCUACCCAGUGACAGUGGCAGUAUCUCGUCGCAGUCGCUAAGGUUGUCCCUGCCACCUCCCGUGGUUAGCCUACGAGCUCAGUCGGAAGAGAAAGAAGUGGCGCCCCUGGCUCAGCCCGAGAUCCAGAAGGAUUCAGACUCAGACUUCUCUGAGCUGAAUUUGCUGGAUGAUGUGGAAGUAGAGGAUCAGCUGAUUUUUAAGAAACAG